UUUGUUACAAAAGUUGGAGGGAAAAUAACAUCUUAUGACGGGAAAGAAAGGACUUAAGAUACCCUAGAAAUUGUGCUAUCAAUUUUUAGACUCCUAAGAAUAGAGAAACAUCAGAACUCCUUAAAAAUAUUCAGUGAGCAUACAAAUAUUUCAUCAGUGAAAAGUCUGAAGGUCCAGCAAUGGAUAAAGUAGAUUUACCAACGGGCACACCCUCCGAGCCGGAAAAUGCAUCACAACCAGAGGCUAUAUCAUCAUCCAUACGCUCAAUGGCUUCUCAAAGCCAAGAGCUUCUCAGUCAGCCCCCAGACGAAUUGACCCAUUUUGAGAGAAUGUUAUGGUACCAAGAACGCCGAAUUGAAUCUAACCUUUGGGUACAAUGUGACUCGUGUAACAAAUGGAGGAAUUUGCCUAAUGUAUAUGAGCGACACCAAUUGCCGGACAAAUGGUUUUGUAAAUUACACUCAGACAUAUCAAGUUGCUCAGUACCAGAAGAAGAAAUUCCCUUACAAGUAGAAGCUGAUCUUAUACAUAGUGAAUAUUCGGUUGGCUCAAUAGUGAUCGCUCGCUAUGGGGAUUGGCCUUGGUGGCCCGCUAUGGUUGAUGACGAUCCUGAUACGGAACAGUUCUAUUGGAUUGAUGGCCUUAGUGAUAUACCGAGUCACUACAACGUAACAUUUUUUGAUGAAAAUGUUACGAGAGCUUGGAUUUCUGCAAAAUGUAUUUUACCAUUCGCUCGAAACAAAGCUAAAGUGCGGAAUUGUAAAGAAAAACUUCUCAAAAAGCGAAUGAACCGCUCUUUACAGCAAGCCGAAGAGUGUGAAGCUUUAGAUUUUCCGAUGCGACUAAAAAAGUUUUCGUUUGUAAGUCGCUACAACGGACCCAUUAAGGAACCGAGAAAUUUUACUGAAGAAGAAAUAGAUAAAUACAACGCAAAAUUAAAAAAAAAACUUAAUGUCUAAUAUUAAUUAUUGUCACUUACUAAUUAAUACUAGAUCUAUACCUAGUGCUAAUUA